UCCGCCUCCUGGAGGCGGGCUCCGGCUCCUGCUUCAUCGGCAGGCCUUUCCGGAAACUCCGGGGCUUGUCCUGACUCCCUCCGAGAUGGCGAACCGGUCCCGCGGCCUGAGCCGCCUCGCUGCUGCCUGCUUCUUGGCGCUUCUUCUUCCCGGCCAGGUUUUUUCAGACUCUUGUGUUUGGUAUGGUGAGUGUGGAAUUGCUUCUGGUGAUAAACGAUACAAUUGUGAAUAUAAUGGUCCAGCAGUGCCAUUACCGAAGGAUGGCUAUGACUUGGUUCAGGAACUCUGUCCAGGCCUUUUCUUUGGGAAUGUUAGCCUUUGUUGUGAUGUGCAUCAGCUUCAGACUUUGAAAAACAACUUGGAGCUCCCUCUGCAGUUUCUUUCAAGGUGCCCAUCAUGUUUUUAUAAUUUAAUAAACCUGUUCUGUGAGCUCACCUGCAGUCCUCAUCAAUCAGAAUUUUUGAAUGCUACGCAAACAGAGCCAUAUAUUGAUCCAGUUACAAAACAGAAUAAAACCAGCAUUACAGAGCUGCAGUAUUACAUUGGAGAAACAUUUUCUAAUGCCAUGUAUAAUGCCUGUAAAGAUGUAGAGGCGCCAUCAAGCAAUGUUAAAGCACUGGGGCUGCUAUGUGGAAAAGAUCCUAAAGAUUGCAAUGCAACCAACUGGAUACAGUAUAUGUUUAGUAAGGAUAAUGGUCAGGCUCCUUUCAACAUUAUUCCAAUAUUUUCAGAUGUCCCUAUCCAUGGGAUGACUCCUAUGAACAAUGCUACCAAAGGUUGCAAUGAGUCUAUGGAUGAUGCCACAGGGCCGUGCAGUUGUCAAGACUGCUCUAUCGUCUGCGGCCCCAAACCAGAGCCCCCUUCGCCCCCUGCUCCGUGGCUUUUGCUUGGCUUGGAUGCUAUGUAUGUCAUCAUGUGGAUUUCCUACACAGGAUUUCUGCUAGUCUUUUUUGGAGUGGUUUUUGGAGUGUGGUGUUACAGGAAGAGACACUUUGUUUCUGAGUACACGCCUAUUGACAGCAACAUUGCCUAUUCUGUUCAUUUACGCCAGGAUACUGGGGAAGCUACUUGGUGUGAAAGAUUUGGUGAAAAGUUUGAGAAUGCAUUAAGAGUCACAUUCACGUCUUGGGGAGCGUUCUGUGUUCGGAACCCACGGCCUGUUAUUCUCUUCUCCCUGGUUGUGGUUGUUAUGUGCUGCUCAGGCCUCAUGUUUAUGAAAUUAACUACAAAUCCUAUAGACCUCUGGUCAGCCCCAAGUAGCCAGGCUCGCAAAGAAAAGGAAUAUUUUGAUGCUCACUUUGGACCUUUCUUCCGCGUUGAACAACUUAUUAUUCAGGCCCCUCAUACCAAGCCAGGAAUCUACUCUCCAUACCCAUCAGGAGAUGAUGUUCCUUUUGGUCCUCCACUUACCAAAGAUAUUUUGCAUCAGGUACUAGACUUGCAGGAUGCUGUUGAAAAUAUAACUGCUUCCUACAAUAAUGAGACCAUAAUGCUGAAGGACGUCUGCUUGAUCCCUCUUUCUCCCUACAAUAACAACUGCACUAUUCUGAGUGUACUCAACUAUUUUCAGAACAGCCAUUCUGUCCUAGAUCACAGCAUUGGUGAUGAUUUUUAUGUUUAUGCUGACUACCACUCUCACUUCUUAUACUGUGUCCAAGCUCCAGCAUCUUUGAACGACACAACUCUUCUUCAUGAUCCAUGCUUAGGAACAUUUGGUGGUCCUGUUUUUCCAUGGCUGGUAAUGGGAGGAUAUGAUGGUGACAAUUACAACAAUGCAACAGCCCUUGUCAUCACAUUUCCUGUCCAGAAUUACUACAAUGACACAGAAAAGCUGAAUAAAGCUCUGGCUUGGGAGGAAGAGUUCAUCAAGUUCGUGAAAAACUACAGCAACCCAAAUUUAACAAUUUCCUUUACCACUGAACGCAGUAUUGAGGAUGAAAUAAACCGGGAAAGCAGCAGCGAUGCUAGUACUGUUGCCAUCAGUUAUGUGGUCAUGUUUCUGUACAUCUCCUUAGCUCUAGGACACAUUAGGAGUGCUUCCCGAUUCUUGGUGGAUUCAAAAAUUUCCUUGGGCAUUGCAGGGAUCCUGAUCGUACUGAGUUCAGUGGCAUGUUCUAUCGGUAUCUUCAGCUAUUUCGGAGUGAGCUUAACACUGAUUGUUAUUGAAGUCAUUCCAUUUUUGGUCCUGGCUGUUGGAGUGGAUAAUAUUUUCAUUAUUGUUCAGACAUAUCAGAGAGAUGAGCGUCUUCAAGGUGAAACUCUAGAUAAGCAGAUUGGCCGUAUUCUUGGAGACGUGGCUCCUAGCAUGUUCCUUUCCUCGUUUUCAGAAACUGUGGCUUUUUUCUUGGGGAGUUUGUCCACUAUGCCCGCUGUCCGUACUUUCUCCCUUUUUGCCGCGAUGGCUGUAUUCAUUGACUUUCUUCUUCAGAUUACAUGCUUUGUAAGCCUCUUGGGCCUGGACAUUAAGCGUCAAGAGAAAAAUCGAUAUGAUAUCCUGUGUUGUGUCAAAGGCAGUGAGGAAAUCAGUAACGUUCCGCAUUCUGAAAGCAUGUUGUUUUUAUUCUUCAAAAACAUAUAUUCCCCGUUUCUCCUAAAGGACUGGCUGAGGCCCAUAGUGAUAUCCAUAUUUGUGGGAGUGCUGUCAUUCAGCAUUGCAGUUAUGAACAAAGUAGAGAUUGGUUUGGAUCAGAGGUUAUCAAUGCCAGAUGACUCCUACGUGUUGGAAUAUUUCAACUCUCUCAGUCGGUUCGUCCACUCAGGCCCUCCCGUCUACUUUGUGCUGGAAGAAGGGCAUAACUACACCACUUUGGAUGGGCAAAACAUGGUGUGUGGCGGGAUGGGAUGCAACAACAACUCCCUGGUACAGCAGCUAUUUGACGCAGCAGAAAUCAGCAGCUAUACAAGAGUUGGCUAUCCUCCUUCUUCUUGGCUUGAUGACUACUUUGAUUGGGUCAAACCCCAGUCGUCCUGUUGCAGAGUCUAUAAUGCCACUGAACAAUUCUGCAAUGCUUCAGUUGUUGAUCCCUCCUGUGUCCGUUGCCGUCCACUAACUCCAGAAGGGAAACAGAGGCCACAGGGUGAAGAAUUCAUGAGAUUUCUCCCCAUGUUCCUCUCUGAUAAUCCUAACCCAAAAUGUGGUAAAGGAGGACACGCUGCCUAUGGCUCUGCAGUGAACUUUAUAAACAACAAUACGGAAGUUGGAGCUACUUACUUCAGUUCUUAUCAUACAGUGCUGAAAACGUCAGCAGACUUCAUUGAUGCUAUGAAAAAAGCGCGGAUGAUAGCCAACAAUAUUACUGAAUCCAUGAGCCUCAAGGAGAAAAACUAUCGAGUGUUCCCUUACAGUGUGUUCUAUGUUUUUUAUGAACAAUAUAUGACCAUUGUCGGCGAUACCAUCUUUAACCUUACUGUUUCUCUUGGAUCGAUAUUUCUGGUAACGAUGGUACUCCUUGGCUUUGAAAUGUGGGCUGCCGUUGUCGUCUCUGCCACAAUUGCGAUGAUUUUGGUCAACAUGUUUGGAGUGAUGUGGCUCUGGGGCAUCAGCUUGAAUGCUGUUUCAUUAGUCAACCUUGUCAUGAGUUGUGGUAUCUCUGUCGAGUUCUGCAGCCACGUGGUGAGAGCCUUCACGAUCAGCACAAAAGCCAACCGAACUGAGCGCGCUCAGGAUGCCCUGUCCCACAUGGGGAGCUCUGUUUUCAGUGGAAUUACACUCACGAAAUUUGGAGGAAUAGUGGUGCUCGCUUUCUCAAAAUCCCAAAUUUUCCAGAUCUUCUACUUCAGGAUGUACUUAGCUAUGGUACUACUUGGAGCAACACAUGGACUAAUAUUUCUUCCUGUCCUGCUAAGCUACAUAGGCCCCUCAGUAAAUAAAGCUAAAGUACGUGCAGCACAAGAAAGGAGCAAAGGUACAGAAAGAGAAAAACUCCUGUUCUUCUAGCUGUUUUAAACCAAGUGGUCAGUGGACUCUUGAAUCCUGGGUGAAGAAGCCCUUUAUGCUGAAUUGUAGCAAGUUUCUGUGACUACUGUCUCACAACUGGAAAAUAUUACUGGAUUGAAGACCAGUAGUUCUGGACAAUUUCAACUCAGGACGUUCUACAUCCAACUACAGAUUUGUCAGUAUUACUAAAACUAGGGAGUAUUAACACGGUCAGAAAUUAUUUCUAUUUAAUAAAUUCUGGUUUUCACUGUUAUGGUUCCACCCUGAAAAUACCUUCCUGAGGAAAUUUGAAGGGACAUGUAUGAGGAUAAAUUGCUGCACCACUGACACUAUUUUUUAAUGCAACUCAAUGCAAUUUCUGACUCUAUUUUUAGGAGAAAAGCAAAACAUGACUCAAAAUGUUGUACUAUUUUUUAAUAUCUGCCAAAGGAUCUGUAUAUAUACUUUAUUAUAAAAUAGGAUUUUUUGUAGGUCAAAAGUAUUGGUACAUAAAUGCAAUAAAUUAAAUUUAUACAUUUUUUUUGUAUUGCAACCGCUUUGCUAAUUCCUAAAAAGUGGUAGGCUUCAUUAACGAUUGGUCUCCAAAAACUUGCUUAAAAAACGUGACAUGCUCUUCACAGUGCUCUCCUACAAGAUAAAAACAGAACAGUGCAAGGUGACAAUACACUUCGGUAUAAUGCAGAAUUGAAAGUUUUAAUUGUCUUCCUAAUAUAUAUAUAUUUCUUUGAAUUAAAUUUAUUCUUUUUUUUUUAAGCUACAAGUUGUUUGCUUGGGCUCUGCACUCAUCAAACAUCAAAGCCCAGUUUAAGAUCUAGCAAUUCUUCUUUAGAUAACUUUUAAAAAAAGUAACAAGCUACUGAACUGGGAGAAGUUUAGGGUGCUUAUAACAGUGUCUGUGGCGAGUCUUAUAUAGGCAGAGUAGAUUUUAUGCAUAGACACAUUUUGAGAUAAGGGAAGCAGUUUAUUAUUCUUCAGUUGAUAUUAUCUUGAGCAUUAACCUUCUUGGCAAAGCUACGCAUGAUUAAUUCUGUCCAGACCGGCCACUUCCCCAGGAUUAUGUCUAGCAUUAACACAAGAACUACUAUUACCAAAUUAAUGUUGUUAAUUUGAUUAGCAUAUGCACAAACUAAUGUUUACAGUCAAUGGAUUGGGAUAAUUAUUGAAGGGGAAACACAAGGGAAACAUGUCUAUACAUAGCUAAUUUAUUUUCCAAAGGUAGGGGUACUGAUCACAGGCAGCUGCAGGUAAGGACGCCUCUUUGACAUCUGUUUAAUCCACUAAUGAGUAUUAAAUUUAUCAUGAUCAGAGAGAGAAGGCCAUUGGCACUUCUCCUUGGAGGAGUGUGCUGUGCCCAAACAGGCCUUUUUUUCCAGGUCACUUCCUGUUGGAAAAAAGUCUCCUAGGCUUAAACAUAAAUAACUUUAUUUAUAGACCACCCUAUCUCCCCGGAGGGACUUAGGGCGGCUUCCAAUACAUAAUGGUUUAAGGGAGGUGCGGGAAUGUUUGAGAAAUGCUCUUGCAAUGCCCCCACAGGGUAUUUGGGCUCCCAAAAUGGGGGUAUGUGGCCGCCUCAGGCCCCCCACCCCAGCCCAUGGCAGUUGUGCCAAGAAAGGCAUUAUUAUUGCACACUUCUCCAAAUUACAGCAGGCCAUCAGUGUAUUCCCACUAUAAAACAGUUAAACAUGGUUUCUUUGAUGAUAGUAGCAUUUUUCUUCACUGCUGUUGUUAAUACAGACGUUAGUCUUUUAAGUCAAUUCUCCAUGUGAACUCUUCCAGGACUUUUAGUUUCACCACUAUCUCUGAAAUUGGAACUAUUCCAUAGAACAGCCAUGGGCAAACUUCAGGCCUCCAGGUGUUUUGGACUUCCAACUCCCACAAUUCCUACUGCUGUUAGGAAUUGUGGGAGUUGAAGUCCAAAACACCUGGAGGACCAAGGUUUGCCCAUGCCUGCAAUAUGUAGGUAUAGAAUGUAGAUAUAGUGCCUUUACUGCAGAAACUAUGCUUGGGAACAAAAAUACUGAAUUAUAUAUGUGGUUCCCCCCCCUCCUUUUUUUUUUUUUUUUUUGGAGAAAGAGGUUAUCUCUUUUCUGAACUCUGAAAUGUUAACAGCAGGAACUUGCAAUGGCAAUAUUCUCUGAUCAAUGUUAGGAAAAGACUUAAACACACAUGGGCUAUUAGGGUGGUUUAUAGGAGAACAUGUUAAAAGGAUAUUGUACAAGAAUACCUCAACUGUUUUGGUUAUGCUAAUAAACACAUUCAAGUAGA